AUGUUUUCAGAAAAUCUUCCUUAUGCGACCUCCUUGGAGGGCGAGGCCGAAGCUUUAUUAAACGUCAUUGUAGAGCGCUUAUGUUCCUCGGCUAAGGCGCAAGAUUGGGGUCCGGGCUGCAGUUACUGGGUAAAACAGCUUAAUAGCUAUCUUGAUCUUCAGCACCCAUUAUCACGCCAAACUCGCGCUCAACUGGCCCACGUUCUUUUUGAACUCGUUAUUACACCUGGAAUUGACGCAUCUCAUGCUGAGGUUUUUGCAAAUACUUGUAUACGCUUACUCAAGAAAAAAGACAAAAUUGGACCAGAAGAUUUAACGUUACCAUGGGAACCAUUAUAUGAUAUCAUUCACCGAACAUUUUUCCCAAAAAGUCGACAGAAAACUUUAGUCAGUGAAUCAAUCAUCAUCAGUAAACAAAUUGGAUCUGUGGUACGUCUGGUAGAAUAUGCACAAAGAUUUUUUCCUCCAGAAGCUACAGAUGAAAUUCUUUCUCGAGUUCUCCCACUUUUCAAUGCCAAUUCUGCUGGGGAUGCAUUCACAGUACAAGCUUAUCUCGUUCGAUUCCUUCCAACUGCGCCGUCUCCAAAGUCAUCUCCUUCUAAAUGGUUACCUACUAUAUUUUCAUUUUGGCACCUUAUCCCAGGAUCAUUGAUGUAUCAAAUAGAGUUUAUAGAUCUCGUUGCUCGUGUUGCUGAAGAUAAUGUUGGUGUUGAAGUUAAUAAUCCAGACCAGAUAGGUAUUUUUACUCAAGCACAAAUUAAAACCGUAUUUGCAACUGGUCAAAAAAUGAUGGAUCUACCAGUGGGUAGUACCACCAACGGUAAUAACAGCUCUGGAAGGGGCGGAUCAAUGACAGGAUUACCUUCAAGAAUGGAUCUUAGAACAGGCAGCGCUAUGCUCUUAAAGAAAAAGGGGGAUAAGUUCAAAAUGCUAGCUAGAUUUAUUGUGUAUUCUAUUUUUCCGCCUUCUAAUAAUACCCAAGAGAAAUCAAUUCUUACGUAUUUAGCGAAUAUGAUCCAAGCCACUGAAUCGUAUUAUCAUCCAAGUAAUUUUGGACGAUGGACCUUCUCUAUUGUAAGAUUUUUACAAUUCCUUGGAUGGGAAUUCUUAAAACGAUGGACUGAUGAACACAAGCCGGAAUGUAAAACUCCCGAAUCACGGCGUUUGACACCUGACCUUAAACGACAAUUUGUUCUUACUCUUAGAGGAGUUACUUUCUUGUCAAUGUUUGGCAAGGACCCGUUAUCCGUUGGAUCAAGUCAAGCUGCAUUAAAAUAUUUGGCUUGGUUAGAACCUUCGUUAAUAUUUCCGGGGUUGUUAGGACGUGUUUAUCCCUCCUUAGAAACUCUAACUGAGGUAGAACGACAUCAUCCAUCUCGGCUCUUUCGCUUCUGGCGAUUCCACUUUUUUUCUCGCGCCCAUUAUCCUGCCGGUGGAAAACAUCUUGCCCCGCUUCUUCAUUUAACAAUCCCCGGGAUUGACAUGAAUGAUCCAAUAAAAACAAUUUCGUCUCUUAUUUUUCUUACACACGCCGUAAUGGGCGUUCCUUUAAGAGAUUUGACUGAAGGUAGUAUCACAGAGUCUGAAUUCAGGUGGGAGGGAAUGGACAUUGAUGAAAGAGAAGAAGAUCGAAUGGAAACUAACGUCGAAGAAGAAGAUGCCUUGUGUAAAGCUAGUACUGCAGUAUUUGAGGAAUGGCUUGCAAAAUUUUUAAGACGCGUUUUCACUAUCUUUGAAUAUCUUCCGCAAUCAGAACGUGGCAAGAUGAGUAUGCAAAGCAUGGAAACUGGAUUAGUUACUGUGUUACUGCAUGCUUGUGAAAUUGUUGGUACACAAAUGUCUGAACAUCUUCAGGAUAUGGCUUUAAAAAUGGUUAUAAAUUUUGCAUCAACUACAGUUCUUCAGAAUGCUACAAAGCCAAUGGGAUACUUAUGCUCUACUCUUACAAGUCCAAAUAGAUGCAAAGCACUUGCCCAGUUUAUCCCUCUUUGCCGCACAAAUAUUAUCAUUGAGCUUCAACAUGGCGCAUCAUCUACUCCCACUACCUCUCCAACACAUCAUAUACAGUCGGACGCUACACUCCAUUGGUAUCAAUGUAUUCUGUAUCAUGUUAUCAUGCUAAGCGGAUCUGAACUGCUUCGUCAUAAAAAUGACUUGUUGUAUUUGGCAAAAGAAAUGGUUCAAAAGUGUCGUUCUCGGAAAGGAUAUAUGUGGACUGGAAAAUUUAUAAGAAUGAUGCUAGUCGCACUGACACAAAUUUAUCCUUUGGAAUGUCGGAAUGUUGACAAAGAGCGAUGGAAUUCUGAAGAAUAUCAGAAAGACCAACACAAAUAUUGGGUUCAGCCAGGCGACCCAGAAAAUAUAAAUGUUGAUUGGCAUGUUCCUUCUAACCCUGAAUUGGAUUUUGCAAUGGAAAUUUUGGAAAUAUUUUUAUUACCGACUUUAAAAAGAAUUCAGGAUUUAAUGAAUAGUGGAACAGAUGAGGAAGGGAAAGUAUUGAGCAAUCGAGAAAUGACACAUGAGUUUUGUCGUCGUUUGAGUAUAGUUCGAAAUUGCGUUGGAGGAAUGACUACACUUGUCGAGGAUGACGGUGACGUUGAGAUCUCUGAUUACAAAGAUUGUGAGACUGAAGCUGUUCUUCCGAUAAAAAGUAUUCCAGUGGGUUAUUGUUUUUUAGAUCCGAAUGAUCCACGUAGACAGACCGCAAGACGAUUGCGGAAAGAAUUGGGUGAAUUUCUUCAUAAAUUAGUGACAUAUUUCCGAACGACACGUGAAGAUGAUGUUGAUAGUUUGAAAAUCCUCCUCAAGAUUAUAAAAAUAUAUCUCACGGACCGUGGUGUAGAAAAAUCAAAGUACGAUGCAAGUAAAAGAGGCUAUCAAUAUGCUAAAGGCAUGUUGAAAACUUCUAACCAUGACAAAAAAUAUCCACGUUAUUUACUAGUUAAACGAGCAUAUCAGCAACAUUUAUGUCGUUUGAAACAAAAUGCAUUUGGCAGAGAGAGAACUCGGCUACAUGAUGAUUUGCUCAAAGAUUUGGUCGAGUUGUCUUUAAGUUCAUACUCGGAGAUUCGAAAAAUAUCGCAAUCCCAUCUUACAAACGCGUCUCGUUGUUUCAUUGGUGCGAAGCCUCUUAUUAUUCCUAUUUUGUUGAAUGCUUUGAAACCAACCGAUAAGCCGAAUUCCGAAAGAAUGAAAGGUGCCCUCUAUUUAUUAAGUUCUCGGACAUAUAUGUACACAUGUUUAAGAGAUUGGAGAUUUGUUCCAUCGUUCAUAAGCCGCAUAUGCCAAGCUCAACACGACGACAAGCCUUCAGUCCAAGAAAUGAUACGUAAAGUCUUUUACGAUUAUCUCAUGAAUUACAAUAAUACGGCGUUCAAAACAAUUCUUACAGAUGGAUUAAAUGAUGCAAUAUGUCGAACGCUUGAUACCCUUUCCCUUUCAUUGGAUAAAAGUGUCUUCGAUAAAAUUCGAAGCAAAACUGAGCACAGAAUGUCUUUACAGAAAAAAAACUAUUUUGAACUUGUCGAUACUCUUUUAAAUUUGGUUAAACCUAAUACUCUUCAUUGGCGGUUUGCGUCUAUGGCUGCAAAUUUUCUGGAUCUUUUAGUACGGCCGGAAGCACCAGCUUCUCCAGAAAUGGCAGAAUUUGCAGCAAAAGGUCUUGUUUCUGAGCUUCCUGCACUGAGGCGCAUUGCUAUUUCUACAACUACCCGAAUAUUAUUUCAUAUUAAACAACGAACACUCAUCAAUGGUGACUUAGAGUUAAUAGCAUUAGAAAAAGCAAAUAAUCCUUUGAAAAAGACCAUCACAAUACCUAGACCUUUACCAGAAGGAUAUACUAAUGAAUACUUAACAACAUGUUUGACUAAAGUUAAUGAAAAUAACGCAGAAAAUGUAUUAUUUCAAGAUAAGGUCAAUGUCGGUUGGUAUGUUUGGCCUGACAAUAUUUCUGCGUAUUCACCAUGUACUGUGGCAAGUGUAAUGCCUAGUUGUGAGUUAUCUUCUCAAGCCGCGUUCAACAAGUUUCUUGAAAGCUUUAAUUCAUCAACUUUUUGGUCAUCCUUAUUAUCUUAUCUAUCACAAGAAUAUGUUCGCGAUAGAGAAGAUAACUUUUCGAUGAUCAAUGCACAUUUAUUUAAAAGCAUUUUUCAAAUGUAUGAAGACACUUUCCUGGAAGUUGCUAAGCCAGAAAUUGCAAAGUUAUGCGGAUCCGCGGAGAAAAAUCAGCAGCGUGCGGCAUCAGAAAUUUUAGCGGGUCUAAUAAGAGGAAGCAAACACUGGAAGUGGAGCAAAUUGCAGGCUUUGUGGGAUUGGGUGAUUCCUGUGCUAGAGCAAACUUUCAAUUCCAUUACGCCAGAUUCUCUUGUGUAUUGGGAACGAUUCCUUGGAUAUUGCUUCCGGAAUCGAGAUCCUAGACGAGUACUGCCACUUAUUAACUUAGUUUUAGACUCAAAACUUGAUCCUACUUCUCAUGCUUCUUUUGCAGAGGCCAAAAAGCUCUUUUUCGUAAAUACUCUCAUUAAUACUUUUUCAUGGCGUGUUAUACCAAGAUCACAGUCACUAUUUGAUAUAUAUUUUUCGAACAUUCGUCAUCCUUAUAAGCAAGUACGCGAUGUUAUGGCAGCUAAUAUUAACAUAUUGUUACAAAUGCAAUGGCAUCCUUCUGCAUCAAGCGUUUCGGAAAUAAUUGAAUUUAAUUGCAAGACUGGCGAUGGAGUCGGAUAUUUACCUGUUACUUUGGCUGGCAAUUUAAAUAACACAAUAACAGAAUUAGUACAAUCAUUAACGACUUGGCAAGCAGAAAGAAAACCUACAGCAGCAGGCUCAUCAGAAUACGGGAACGCUAGUAAAACAGUACUUGCCUGGCUUUAUGAUGCACUUACUAUCUGGCAAGCAUCUUCCACCUACCCUUUGAUACUCCCUCUGCUUCCUUCAUUGUUUCAAAUGCAAGAUGUAAAUGACGACCAGGAUCUUCAAGCAGCCGCAACUCAUGUAUUGAAUGUCAUUGCGUCAUUUUCAUAUCCUCCUGAUAUGGUGCAUUUAAUUAUUGACAAAUUCAUAGAAAUUUUGACUGAAACGUCAAGUUGGCAUGUACGUGUAAAAGCUCUCCCAGUGUUACAAGUUUUCUUCUUUAAACAUCUUUUUAUGUUAAGCGAAGAAAAAAUGAUUAAAGUAAUGGAUGUGGUGUUUGACAUGUUAAAAGACACUCAAAUUGAAGUACGUCAAUUGGCGGCAGUUACAUUAUCAGGUCUUAUACGAUGCUCGCAAAGGGGUGCUAUAGCUACCUUGAAAGAUCAAUUCUUUAAGCUAUUGGACACUAAAAUUCCUCCACGUGCAAGUUCGCGUAGAGCGCCUCGAACAACAUUGCCUCAAGGUUUUCAGGAGGCUGUUCUUACUAGGCAUGCGGGUGUUCUCGGGCUGUCAUGUUUAGUUAAUGCCUUUCCUUAUGAUGUUCCAAAGUGGAUGCCUGAGGUGUUGGUGAAAUUGGCAGAGUGCAUUUCAGAUCCUGCUCCAAUACAGGCAACUGUAAAAAACACAUUUGCGGACUUUAAAAGAACGCAUCAGGAUUCAUGGCAUGAAGAUAUGAAGCAGUUUACAGAAGACCAGUUAUCUCUUCUUUCUGAUAUGUUAAUUUCACCCUCUUAUUAUGCUUGA